AUGGAUAAUUCUCAUUUACGUCGAAUUAUUAUAAAAAUUCAAGCUCGUCUUAGCGAUGAUGAUCGAAAAUAUUUACAUUUUUUCUUUGGAGAUGAUAUUCCAAGACGAAUUCGCGAUGAUCCAACGCUUGGUGGUACACUUUGUGCAAUGGAAUCACUUUUUGAUCGAGAUAUAAUCAGUGGAGAUGAUUUCACUUAUCUAAUUAAUGCAUUUGAAACAAUUGGAUGUCUUGAUGCAGUCACUAUUUUAAAAGAACAUCAGCAACAAAUGAAGUUAACUCAUGUUCAUCAGUCAAUGCUAAGUUUAAUAUCUAUAAUGCCACCUCUGCCACCUUCGACAGCAGAAGUUUUUGCAGAUCAAUAUAAUUCAUUAGUUAUUGAAGGUCAAAAAUUUGGUAGUGCAUAUGGUACUCAUUUUGAUGAUUCUACACAUCCCUAUUUUACAAGUUCACAUUAUCUAAAUGGAAUAAUUACUCAUGAUAAUAAUGAUAGUAUAGAAUCUUAUCGAUUUUAUUAUUCAAAUUCGUCUGAUAAUCAAAAUAUGAUCACAUCAGAGAGGCAUGGAAAGCAAACUUUAAGUUUUAAAAAAGAUUUUUACUUUGACAAAAAUGAAAAAAUAGCAAGAGUUGAAGGACAAUAUUUGAAGAAAAUCAUUACUUUUUCAAAUGGUACAAAUUUAACAAUGCCAAUAAUAACAGGACUUCAAUUUUACACAACAAAUGGUCAUGCUAGUCCAUCAUAUAGUGGUAAUGAAGAAGGAGACAUGUUUGAAGAAGAAUAUAAGAACUAUACAUUAUGGUAUGUUACUGGAAGAUCAGAUGAAUAUAUUCAUCAAUUACAAUUCUAUUGGUAUCGAACAUUAGACAGUGAUUAA